AUGUCAUCAGUUAUCUUUAACCCAUUCAUGCUCACUGUGUCGCCCUCUCCCUCUCCCAAACCUGAGGAGUGCCCGCUAAAGGGUGGCAACACAUCCGUCGAUAACACCACUUUCCAUGAUGUGGCUCCGAAGGAGCCUGAGGAAUCCAAGUCUGACCGGAUCGAAUGCACAUGGGCAACCAUGCUCAAUACUAUGCACGUCUGUGUUGAGACGGUGCCUCCCUCCAAGCCAGAACUCUUGGAGGAGCAAGAAUCCUGGCUCCGCAACUGGAACAUCACAAUGGCCAAUAUGACUGCUGUUUUUGAGCUGGCACAUGCAGCUUCGCUGCAUGUGUCCCUUAACAAUGUGGACACUAAGGAGAAAGUGGAAGCAUCUGCGGUGACUGCGUGCACUGAGAAUGGGAAAGUGAAGGAGACCGCCCCAACUAAGGAGGCAAUGGAGAAGGCGAUAGAGAAUGCAUCAUUGUCCAAUCAGGUGGGUGAUGCGAAGGCUGCAUCAAGGCAUGAAAGGCAUGCUCAUUCAGUAAUUGCAGAGAAGAAAAAGGGACGCACACCUUCUGCGCCCAAGCACAAGGUGCCUUCCUCCACGCAAACGACUGCACCCGACACCGGUGAGUCGGAGGUAGAGGUUGUGGGUGAGAUUCCGGUCAAUGAACCCAUGGCUGCUCCUGCCAAGGAGAUCUUCAUGCAGUGGCCGAAGCAUCUGCUCACCUCUGAUGCUGCUCCUGCAGCAAAGCUUUCUCACCUGGAUGCUAACCCUGAGUUAGAGGAGGCGCACACAGAGACUGUGUGGCUUUGCGCUGAGAAUGCUGAGCUCCAUGCUCACAACAAUAGGUACCGUGUUGCGUUAGCUGACAUUUGCCAACACUCCUGCACGCAGGAGUCCGAGUUGCUCCAUAUGAGCAACCAACUCUACACUUUUGUGUGCGACUGGGGAACUUGGAAGAAAGAGCUUGGAGAGAUCCUGGAUGAGUAG